AUGACUUCUGAGACCCAGGAGGCAGCGAUUGCUGAAGGGCGUCGGUUGUAUGGCGCCAAACAAUUCAAGCCUGCUCUCAAGCAGUUUACCAUAGCGAUGCAGCUUUGUGCGUGUACUCGACAAGGCAAACGCCCACGCUGCAGCUGCAAAAAUUUCGAAAAAGUAGCAUCAGAAGGUGGCUCAAUCUUCAACGAGGCCAUGUAUACUUGCGAGUGCACAGUUCGAAGGAUGUUCAACAAAUGCGAUAACAAGCUGCAUAUACAAGCCCUUGACUAUCGUGCUGCAACAUUUGAGGAUAUCAAGGAGCUUGAGCGGGCCCAAAAGGAUGCAGAAUGGAUGCUAGAGCUCGCUCCAAGACUCCCGGAUGGUUACCUGCGACUUGGUAAGAUACUGCGUCUUCAGAAAAAGUACGAGUUUGCCUGGAAAGUGUACAAUGCAGGGAUAGAGAUGGGAAACAACCACCAUCAAGCCGAAUCGUCCAAGUUCAAGAAACUCCAAACAGCCAGACAACCACUGCAUACUCGGUUUUACCGUCGGGACCCAUUGAAGAACCCCCCAGAGAUUAUCCAGCGCAUAUUCAAUUACCUUGAUUUUGCCGCUCUUGUGCGAUGUACCCGUGUCUCCAAAGGAUGGAGGCAGUAUCUCUCUAGUCGUGGCAAUGAACGCCUUUGGCGCGCUCUUCUGUUCACCAACAAAAUUCCCAUCAACCGCCCUCCUGGCAUCAAGUCGAUCAGGAAACUAAUUUCCUAUUCGGGCAAGGAUGUCCGUCAGAUCAUGAUCGAUGAUAUCUCGCGCUUUAGACUCACUCAACAAAAGCUUCUCAUCCUUUUGCAGGGAUCAAAGAAUCUUGAGCGUCUUGAACUCAAGGGCAGUGUUGAAGAAGAUCUAACGAUCCCUGAUACAAAGGGCAUCCUGAAGAAGUUGAACCAUAUCGCCCUCCAGGAUAUUCUGAUUAGGAAGCCCCGAAUAUUGAGUCCACUCCUAAAACAAGCCAACGAGAGUUUACAGAGCUUGUAUAUCAACGGCUUGCCACAGUCUGGCUUAUACAGCGACCUCCAGUUCCCUGAUUUACCCAACCUACAGUACUUGCGCAUUGAGGAGUUUUCCGGACCGAGCCCUUUCAGACUAAGCACAUGGCGGAUAGCUCACAAGACACCAUGCCUGCAGCAACUCUACCUCCAGGACGUGCAACUCUCAGCCGAGAUUCCCACAGAUACGGGGCUUGAUAACUACUGGCCAAGAUUGAGAGCAGUUACAGUGCAUGGGUCUGAUGCUUGUGAUUUGAAUACUACGCAAACCAUUCGGCAGCUUACCUCGCUGCGAGGUAGGCAUACGCUACAAUACAUGGACUUCGACUUUCGAUGGAAGCUCGAUCACGAGGGCCCGCUUGGUCUCACAGUCCUUUUGGGGACACUGAACCAAGAGCCGGGAAUGCUUACAACAGACGAGCAUAAUAAGAACUAUCAGUAUACAGACCUGCGAUCCCUGCGUCUUCGUCGAGCCAUGGUACCUCCAUUGAAGCUUCAAAGGGUGCUUCGUGAUACUCUCGCAGCACAGAAGCUCCAUACCUUGGAUAUCGCCUUUCCUCUCGACCAUCAAGGUGCUCCUGAAGGGUCUGCCAGCACCCAACACAUCCAAGAUCAUUCGUGGCUUCGUGGAGACUAUGGCAUUAGGUGUAUCGGCCUCUCAGAGUUCAGAUUCCGUGCGUACCCUAAAACUGAUGACGAAAUGUAUCUGCCAGGUUUUUUAGCCAGCUUCCCUAACCUUGAGGUCAUCGAGAUUAAUUCGUCACACUACGACCAGCGCGAAUUCUGCACCAUGAUUGAUGCUAUCCUCAAGGUUACCCACUUGAAGAGAAUAUAUCAAAAGACUGUUCUUGGUGACUGGAAAGACAAACUCGGUGAGGCAACUAGAAAAAAAAGAGUGGAACUAAUUUGGGGGGACAGACCUCGAGAGUGGCCACUUGCGCUGGGGAACGAUUCUUGA